GGCUCACGCACGUCCCGUCCCGUCGGCAGCCAUGUUGUUUGUCUGACAGCGCCGUACAGCAACAGGUUGUCAAAGAUUCUCAAUAAAACACAGCAGAAAUUCUUUAAAGGACCCUGAAAGCCGAUUGUCAUCACGUUAAUUCAGAGGACAAUGGAAAAGGAUAUGUUUUCCUCCCAGGAGAUUUCGCAAAGUCAAUAAUGCUGUUGUGUAAUAUGACUGAGCUAGCCAGCUGAGACAAGGAGAUCAGGACCGCUCUCCUCAUAUCCCUGCCACCUGCAGCCAUGAAUGGUGGUCGGAGUAUUUGGGCUAUAACCCCAGAGGAGAGGGACAAACAUGAUCAGAAGUUUGACUCCCUCUCGCCAGAACGGGGCUUUGUUACAGGGGAGAAGGCACGAAACUUCUUCAUUCAGUCAGGGCUUCCCCAGUCUGUGCUAGCUGAGAUCUGGGCCCUGGCUGAUAUGAAUAAAGAUGGUAGGAUGGACCGGCUGGAGUUUUCUAUAACCAUGAAGCUGAUCAAGAUGAAACUGCAGGGACAGAAUCUUCCUCCAGCUCUGCCCAUCAUCAUGAAGCAGCCACCUGUGCCAGUUCCAACCAUGCCAGCAACACCUCUCGGAAUGGGAACUAUGCCAAAUGUACCCAUGAUGCCGAACGUACCCAUUCUGACCCCUAUACCAAUGACCACCAUGAGCCCCAUGCCGGGCAUGACUCCCAUGAUGGGCACAGGGCUGUCGAUGCCAGUGAUGCCCACCAUCAGCACUCCAGCCCUGCCUAAUGGACCUAUUGCCAUUCUACACCCGACCCCCAUCCCUCUCACUUCCACUCUCCCGGUGUCAAGUUCCUUUUCCUCUUCUCCACUGGGCUUCUCUGCCGCUCCAAUGAACAAGAACCCAUCUUUGUUGGACCUGGGCUCGAGCAGCUCAAACCCCUCCCCCUCCACAUCACUGGCCAGCAACUCUCCUAAGGGCGGCCCUUCUGAUUGGGCCGUCCCACAGGCAUCACGACUCAAAUAUAGGCAGCAGUUUAACAGCCUGGACAAGCAAAUGAUUGGUUAUUUAACAGGUCCUCAAGUGAGAACUGUAAUGGCUACAACAAUGCUUACUCAGACUCAGCUAGCUGCCAUCUGGAAUCUUGCUGAUGUGGAUAAGGAUGGUAAACUGAAGGCUGAUGAGUUUAUUCUUGCCAUGCAUUUGGUAGACAUGGCUAAAAUGGGACAGCCACUGCCUAUGGCACUCCCUUCAGAGCUGGUGCCCCCAUCACUGAGGGGGAAGCUUGGUGACUCUGUGAAUGGAACCACUCCCUCAAUCUAUGCAGGCCUGGCUGAGGACCUCUAUGAGUCUGAGCCUCCGCAGAAAUCAAGGAACAAUUGGACUUUUGAAGAUAAGUUCAAGAAAAAUAUGGAGAUGGGAAAUGCUGAGCUGGAGAAGCGCCGGCAGGCACUGCUAGAGCAGCAGCGCAGGGAAGAGGAGAGGAGGGCACAGAAGGCCAGAGAGGAGCAGGAGAGAAGAGAGAGGGAGGCACGAGAGCUGGAGCUGAAGAGGAAGAGGGAGGAAGAGCUCAGACUGGAGCGACAGAGAGAGCUGGAGAGACAAAGAGAGGAGGAGAGACUUAAAGAGCUGGAGAGGAAGGAGGCAGCCAAGAAGGAGCUGGAGCGCCAGCGGCAGCUUGAGUGGGAGAGGAGGAGAAAGCAGGAGGUCCUAAACCAGAAGAGUGAGGAGCAGGAGGAGAUCAUCAGGCUCCGAGCCAAGAAGAGGAGUCUGGAGAUGGAGCUAGAGGCUGUGGGCAACAAGCAGAAACAAAUCUCUGACAAGCUCCGAGAUGCUGAAGGCAAAAAGAGAAUCCAUAAAAAUGAGCUGGAAAUGAUCAACCAGAAAAGAGACUCCUGCAUCACAGAAAUCAACUCUCUGCAGAAACAGUUAGAGGAAUUUAAGAGAAAGUUGGGACAGUCAACCAUAGAACAGCAAAAACUCAAUGACAGACUCCGCAACCUGAAUCUGAACAAUCUCCCUACUGCGACAGUGAAAACUUUACAGAGUAAUGUGGAAGAGAAGGAUCUUACCUGUCGAAAGCUUAAAGAACAGCUUAAUGCUUUGGAAAAGGAGACUGCAGUUAAAUUAGCAGAUAUGGAUCAGUAUAAGAAAGAAAUCCAGGAUCUCCGAGAGAGCCAGAGGAUGCAACAGUCUGAUUUGGAAAAACUACGCACCAUUAAGGAAGAAAAAAUCAUAGAGCUAAAGAAACGCAAGCAGGAGGAACUGGAAAAGAAGAGGAGAGAAGAGGAAGAGCAAAAACGCAUCAAACUGGAGAAGGAGAGGCAGUGGCAGGAGAAACUGCGGCGUGAAGAGGAGGAGAAACAGAGGAAAAUACAGGAGGAAAGAGAAGCCAAACUUCGUGAGGAGGAGGAGAAGGAGAGACAAGCUCGUUUACAGGCCGCUAGAGAACAAGUGGAACGGGAGCGCAAAGCCCGGGAGGAGGAGGAGAGGAGGCGCAGGGAGGAGGAGGAGGAAGAAAGGAGAGAACAAGAGAGACGCAGACUUGAGGAGAAAAGGAGGCAGGAGGGAGAAGAGGACCGCAGGCGGCGAGAUGAGGAAAGGAGAAAACUGGAGGAGGAGAGGAGAAAACUGGAGGAAGAACGGAGAAAACUGGAGGAGGAAAGGAGGCGGCAGGAGGAGUUAAGAUUGGAGGAGGAACGGAGAAGAGCAGAGGAGGAGAGAUGGGAAGAGGAGAGAAGAAGGGAGCGUGAGGAGGAGGAGAGGAGGCGACACCGUGCACAGGAGGCUGCCAUGAGAGAUGCAGAGGAGAGAAAAAGAAAAGAGGAGGACCGGAAAAGGCAGGAAGAGGAGGACAGGAGGCGUCGGGAGGAGGAGCAAAGGAAACAGGAUGAGGAGAGGAAGAAGAAACGGCAAGAGCAAGAGGAAGAGGCUGCAGCCGCAAGACUGAGAGACGAUGAACAGAACAAGAAGAACACUGUUAAAUCAGACAUCGUUGCUGCUCUUCUGCGCGGCUUGGAGGAGAGGAAAGGCGGCAGACAUCCUCUUGGCACACAGCACAGGAGAUCAGCGGCACUGACAACGUUUAAAGCCCUCUACCCCUUCACUGCCAGAAACGAUGAGGAGCUUUCCUUAGAAAGCGAUGACCUGAUUGAGGUGGAUGAGAGCAUAGAGCGAGAGCAGGGCUGGCUGUACGGCAGUCGGCAGGGGAAGAUGGGCUGGUUCCCUGAGAGCUAUGUGGAGAAGCAGGCCAAAUCUGAGGCUCCACUCGUGGCCAAACAAGCCCUAAAGCCACAGGUCUCCAUCUCUGUCAGCAAACUGAGUGACGGAGCGAGUGGAUCACGGCUGAACUCCGCUUUCACCCCUACUCAUGCCACAGGCUCCGCCUCUUCCAACCAUGGUCAGGUGGUGGGGAAUGUGCAAGCUCAAGCUCUGUGCUCAUGGACUGCAAAGACUGACAACCAUCUCAACUUCUCCAAAGAUGAUGUGAUCACAGUUCUGGAGCAGCAGGAGAACUGGUGGCUUGGAGAGCUCAGUGGGGUUCAGGGGUGGUUCCCCAAAACCUAUGUUACAGUGCUGAGCGCCAGCGAUGCACAAGCAGAUUCCGCUGAAGGAUCUGAUACAGCAGAAGGAUCCAGCUAUGAAGUUACCCUGAACCAUGUUUGUAUGUUGAUCCUGCCAUCAGAAUAUGUGGCGCUGUACACUUACGAGAGCCCUGAGCCUGGAGACCUGACCUUCACCGAGGGAGACACCAUCCUGCUAUCAGAGAGAGAAGGGGAGUGGUGGAGAGGCAGCAUCGGAGACAGAUCAGGAGUCUUCCCCUCCAAUUACGUCAAGCCAAAAGAGACUGAUACGUCAAGUCUCUCUGGUAAACUUGGAACGCCUGGAAAGAAACCAGAAGUGGCCCAGGUGACCACUGCGCACACAGCUGCCGGUGCAGAGCAGUUGAAUCUAGCCCCAGGACAGCUCAUCCUCAUCCUCACCAAGAACCCCUCCGGCUGGUGGCUCGGAGAACUGCAGGCCAGGGGGAAGAAGCGUCAGAAGGGCUGGUUCCCUGCUUCACACGUCAAGCUUCUGGGCUCAAACAGCGGCAAAUCUACACCUGCAUCUGCGGCUGUAGGCCAAGUCAUCGCCAUAUACGACUACACUGCAGCGAAUGAGGAUGAGCUGAGCUUCUCGAAGAGUCAAGUUAUCAACGUGCUGGACAAAAGCGAUCCUGACUGGUGGAAAGGAGAGCUCAAUGGGGUCACGGGCUUGAUUCCCACCAACUAUGUGAAAAUGACCACCUCUGAUUCUGACCCCAGUCAGCAGUGGUGCACUGACCUGAGCACUCUGGAUUCAAUGAGCCCACAGGAGAGGAAACGGCAAGGAUACAUCCAUGAGCUCAUUGAGACAGAGGAGAAAUACAAUGAAGAUCUACAGCUGGUUCUAGAGGUCUUCCACAAGCCCAUGUCUGAAUCAGGUCGUCUUACUGAGGCUGAAAUGAGCAUGAUAUUUGUCAACUGGAAGGAGCUUAUCCAGUGCAACUCCAAAAUGCUCAAGGCUCUGAAGACAAGGAAAAAGACUGGGGGAGAGAACAUGCCUGUUCACAUGAUCGGGGACAUUCUAGCCUCUGAGCUGUCACACAUGCAGGCCUACAUCCGCUUCUGCAGCUGCCAGCUGAACGGUGCCACACUGCUGCAACAGAGAACCGAUCAGGAGCCAGACUUCAAAACCUUCCUUAAGAAAAUUGCCACAGACUACCGUUGUAAAGGAAUGCCUUUGUCCAGCUUUUUACUCAAACCUAUGCAAAGGAUCACUCGCUACCCUCUCCAUAUUAAAAAUAUCCUGGAAAGUACUCCAGAGAGUCACGUGGACUAUGUUCAGCUGCUAGAGGCUUUGGAGAAGGCAGAGCUGCUGUGCUCUCAGGUGAACGAAGGUGUCAGGGAGAAGGAGAACUCUGAGAGGCUGGAGUGGAUCCAAUCCCAUGUGCAGUGUGAAGGCAUCACAGAGAAUCUGACUUUCAACUCUCUGACCAACUGCUUGGGUCCUCGUAAAUUGCUGCACAGCGGGAAGGUGUUUAAGACCAAGAGCAAUAAGGAGUUAUAUGCCUUUCUGUUCAAUGACUUUCUGCUGUUCACUCAAGCUGUCAGGCAGUUCACUUCCUCAGGAACGGACAAGCUCUUUAGCCCCAAGUCUAACACCCAGUACAAGAUGUAUAAGCAGCCUGUGUUCCUCAAUGAAGUUCUGGUGAAGCUUCCUUCAGAUCCGUCCAGCGAUGAGCCCGUCUUCCACAUUUCCCACAUAGAUCGUGUGUACACACUGAAGACUGAGAACAUUAACGAGAGGUCAGUUUCAGCGAUCGCUCUCUUUAUCGGUCUUAUCAGCAAGCCACUAUUUACUGGACUCAUGGGACAUUUUAUGAACCGUUAAAGGAAUGUUGUUAUCGCCACACUGUAUGGGAAGAGAAAAAAACAACUGCUUUUCAUGCUGCUGAAAUGCCAGCGCAAGUGGAAUUG